AACUGGCAGUGGCGGUCACUGGCGUCAACAAACUUAAACCUGAAUAAGAAGUGAGGAACAAAUGACCUCGUUCCUGGGCAGCAGUGUUCAGUAUGACCUGGGUUGUGGCAACCCUUAACAAUUUUAACAACAUUAACAACCGUCCGUAGGAGAAGAAACCUCGAAAUAAAUAUCAUCUGUCGAGAACAACGAAGUGACCUGCGUCUUCCUAAUUCAUGACAAGAGGUGACUGAAAUGAAGAAAUUAAAAGAAAUUGAAGUGCCUCUUGAAGCCUUCUUUUUGGGAAAGUGGAACCUAGACAGGGAUCUUCCUCAAAUACCUGCCACCCAGUUGCAUAUGCCAAGACUACGAAGUGACAAUAUAAAAGAUACUGUGGGAAACCGUCAUAAUGCUUACUGUGUUCCAUCAAAUUAUGUCAUAGAUAGGGCGAAGAGGACAGACAUAAUUUUUAAAAUUGUAACCCCAGACAAGUCAAAAAAAAAACAAAGCAGGGGCUGUAAGAGAAAAGUAAAUGAAACUCAGAAUAAUAAGGAACAAGCAAGGGAGAGGGUGGAUUUGCCAGCUAUGAUAGUAAACCAGGGAUCGUGCCUGAGGGCACAUAAUAAUGAUAAAGAAGAUGUAAUAUUAAGUAGACCCCCAAAGAGAAGAGCAGCAGUACAAGCUUCACUGAUCUUAAAAGACAUUGUAACUCCCCAAGCUAAAAAUAAAACCCGAUCUAAAAUACUUUCCCUUGAAAAUGAAGCAUUGAGGGAAGAGAAGCUACCUCAGAAAGACCAAGAAAAAAUUAACAGAUGCAGAGGUAAAGAAAACAAGGUGAACAUUAAUAAACAAGAAAAGAAUGAAAUAAAGCAACAUGUUAGUAAAAAAUUGACCAAAGGUGCACAGGAAAAGGCUGAUAAGGUCAGUGAGAAACAUAAUGAAUCUGAGAAAGACAAGAUCACUGUCUGCAGAACAAGAUCAAAGAGGGGAAGAAAGCCCUUGAUAAUAGUCCUUGAUAGUGGUGACAGUGAUGAUGAUGAUGAUAGAAGUAAGCCUAGGAAGGAGAAAAAGAAAACUUUCAAAAGCCAAAAUAUAGCAGAAAGAAAGGAUAAUAAAAAAAGUACACCUCCAAAGAAAAAUGACAAGAAAAAGGUUCCAGAGAAGGGUAUUAAGGAAAGCUGUAAUGUCAAUGUACAGAAAUGGACAGAAAAUAAGAUAGAGAGAGGAAAGGCUACAAUAGCUGAAGAUGACAAGAUCGUAGUUCAGAGAACUCGAUCCCAGAGGAAAAGAAAGCCCUUGGUGUUAGAUAACAAUAAUAGUGAUGAGGAUUCUGUCAUAAUUUGCAUGUCAGAUAGGAAUGAUGAUAGCCCUGGCAAUAGUGAUGAGUCAUGGGUGUUGAAAAGCAGAAGUAAUAAUAAUGUAAUAUGUAGAAGAAAACCUAGGAAGAAAAAGAGAAAUUCAGAAAGCACUAACAAAGAAGAAAAGAUAGAUAGUAAAAAGAAAACUGUACCAAAAGAAAAAAAUGUACAGAAGCAGGUUACAAAAGUAAACAGUAAUGUUACUUCACAAAAACAUACUAAGAAUAAGACUAAGAAAGCAAAGUCUACAAAAGCACUUCAGAAUAACAAAACAGCAGACAGACAAGCCAGUAAAGUCAAUGGCAAAGAAAUUACAAAGGAAAAUCCCAAACUUGAAGAUAUUGAAGUAACUGCAAAGCGAGGUACCCUCAAAUACCUGCUACAGAGAGAAGAAUAUUUGAAGGCUAAGGCAAAGGAAAUUGAAGCAGAAGAUGACUUUUUUGAUGGGGACGAGAUAUUUAAAAAAAAGAAAAAUAAGCUAAGUAAUCUUCUUGUCGCAUCCUCACAUGAUGACACCUUAAUUAUCAAGACUCCACAAAACAAAGGUAAAAAGAUUCCCGACACAAUCAUUACUCCACGAACUGAACUAAUGGGUCGACUGGCAGCUGUGACUCCCUCCACAGAGCCCUUUACACCAUCCACAAGCUUCCCAGCAAGUAUCUCUAAACCUGCACAUCGAAAGUAA